UACUUAUUAGAUUGCACAGCCUAAAACGGUGAGUUGAACUGCGACACCAACCCAGCACAAGACUCCCAAAAUCCCCAAAAUUUCAAAUUAGGGUUUCUUUCUCCAGUUUCAAAAUCCCAAUUCGAAGCGCAACAAGCAAACAAUGGUGUGCGAAAAGUGUGAGAAGAAGCUUGCGAAGGUUAUAGUGCCGGACAAGUGGAAGGAAGGUGCCAGUAACACCACCGAAGGCGGCGGCCGGAAAAUCAACGAGAACAAGCUCUUGUCCAAGAAGAAAAGGUGGAGUCCAUAUGGAACUACUGGAAACACCAAGUGCAUUAUUUGCAAGCAGCAAGUACACCAAGAAGGAAAAUACUGUCACACCUGUGCUUACUCCAAAGGAGUUUGUGCGAUGUGCGGUAAACAAGUACUCGACACCAAGAUUUACAAACAAAGCAAUGUAUAAUACAAACCAUUUGUUGGUUGACUGUGUGUGCACUGAUUCAUAGCUAAAUUGUGUAUUUGAUGUAAGGUACUGGCAUAUUUGUCAUUCUGAAUUGCAUUGUAACCUUUAGUUAUGACUUAUGACCUGUACUGUGGAAUUUAAUCUUCAAUCAGUGAUAUCUUCCAAAAGCUCUCUGAUUA